AUGCCCGCCCCGCACGGGUCUAAACGUGUGCGCGGCGUGCAGAUCCACCGUCCUUUCAUCUACGGCACCGAAGCCAUUCCCUUCGACCCCGCCAACCGGCCGAAAGACGCGCCUCCAGACCACACACACAAAUGGAAGGUCUUUGUGCGCGGCAUCAACAAUGAAGACAUCAGCUACUGGCUGCGGCGCGUGCAGUUCAAACUGCACGAUACCUAUGCGAACUCAGUCAGGAUGAUAGAGGGUCCGCCCUUCGAAGUUGAAGAGACGGGCUGGGGCGAAUUUGAGAUCGCCAUCAAAUUCUACUUUGCGCCGGAGAGUAACGAGAAGCCGCAGCAGAUCUGGCAUGCACUGAAGCUGCAUCCUUACCAAGGCGAUGUGGAGAAGCAGAAGUUGGAGCGGGCAAUUGUGCGCAGCAUAUGUUACGAGGAAGUGCUGUUCAAUGAGCCCUUGGAUGUCUUUUACGAGGCUCUUACGGGAGGACCUCAGAAUACCAAAGGCAAGGGGAAGGGCAAGGCGGCCAACAAGGCGAACACGGCUGAGAUUCCCGACCGUAACAGUCCUGGGAACAAGUUCAGCAGGGAAGAGGAGAGUAAGGAACUAGAUCGCCUGGGUGAAGCGGUCAGGAAGGUCGAGAAGAUGGUGCAGGAAGAAAAGGUGAGACUCGUUGAGGACGAGAAGAAGUUGCAGGAGUUGGAACGAACUGAGGGCAAGCCUGUGAAGAAGAAGUGA